AUGUCACAUAUAUUAAGAGGAAUAAUAUACAUCCACGUUAUUAUAUUUUUUUAUUUAUUUCAUAUUGUAAAGUGUGUUAAUAUAAUAUCAUAUAAUAAUGCUAGAAAAAAGUACACAUGUUUUAUUUUAAAUAAUGAGAAAAUAUUUUUAAAUGAUAAUAAAAAAUCUGGACCUUACACGUUUAUUAAAUGUGAAAACACAUUUAAAUUUUUAUUAAAAAAUAAAAAAAAUAAAAAAAUAAAAUAUUGUAUUAAAAGUAAACCAAAUGAAAAGGAACCUGAGGAAAUAGACGAUCUUGAUCCUGAACUUGAUAAUCUUAUUAACGAUAUAGAAAGUGGAAAAUAUGGAGAAGAAUCUCUCAAACUUUUUAAAGAAAUUGAAAAGAACUCCAAAGAAAAAGAAGAAGAAGAAAUAAAGAGAAUGGAAGAACAAGACAAAAAAAUAGAUAUGAGAAAUGUUGAAGAAGUUAUUAACAAGACAGACGACAAAUUAAAACAAUGUGCAAUGAAAGCUUUUUAUAAUACCGAUAUAAAUGAAAAACAAAAUCCAGAUGUUAAAAAAGAAUAUGACAUAAUGCAAAAAAUAGAAAAAACAUUUGAUGAAAUUGAGGAUGAUAAUUAUCCAGAAGAUAAAUUAAAUAUAACAAAUAUUUAUGAUAAAAUAAAAACAAUGAAAAUUGAUGACAAACAAAAAAAAAAUCCUUUUACAGAUACGGCAAAAUCGUUGUUAAAGUAUAAAGGUUUGCUACACAUGCCAUUUGUAAAAGGACCACUGCUAAACAAUAAUACUUUUGAUUGGAGAGAAUCUCUGGAAUAUGUAGAAUUGAAUAUACCAAUAUAUGACGAAACCAAUUGUGAAGAUAUUUCUUUUCAUUUCAAAAAUGAUUAUAUAAAGCUUGAAAUAAAUAAAGGUAACACAAAGGAACUAUUACUUGAUAACAUGCUGUGUGGUAAAAUAAGUUAUUCAGAUGCCUACUGGGUAAUAAGCAAUGAAUACAAAGAAAAUAAAAAAUACAUAAAUUUGAUUAUACCUAAAUUAAGUGGUUAUUAUUAUAUAUGGGAAAAACUUUUACAAGACGGUAAAGAAACAUGA